AUGGAGGAAAAAAUGCACGACAGUGGACAGACAAUUGAACAUGACCCGAAGCCCGCCAUAGGUUCAACAGAGGAGACCUUUGUGGAACGACAAGACCUCAGACAGGGUCUCCAUGAUCGACACAUUGAGAUGAUCGCUUUGGCUGGAUGUAUCGGCACUGGACUGUUUCUCGGAUCUGGUCUUGCUAUUCACAAUGCAGGCCCUGCUGGUGCUUUCCUCGGAUACAGCUUGAUGGGCAUCGCGGUCUGCGCUGUUUGUCUCGCUAUUGGCGAGAUGGGCGCUCUUGUGCCCCUAAGCGGUGGUAUCAUCCGCUACGCCGAUCUGUGGUUUGAUCCUGCACUCGCCUUUGCCAAUGGCUGGAAUGUGGUGUAUGGCUUCCUCAUCGGCACCCCCGCUGAGAUCGUUGCAGCUUCCGUGCUGGUCGAAUUCUGGGUCACUGUUAACAACGCCAUCUGGAUUACUGUUUUCGGCACCAUCAUCAUCGCCAGCGUGAUUGUCUUCGUCCGGGUCUACGGCGAACUUGAAUUUUUCUUUGCCUGGCUCAAAAUCCUCCUUAUCUUAGGCGUGAAUCUUAUGGCUCUGGUUAUCACCUGCGGUGGCGGGCCAAAUCAUCAGAGCAUCGGGUUCCGUUACUGGAGCAAUCCUGGACCUUUUAACCAAUAUCUAGGAUAUGGCGGAAGCUUGGGCCGCUUCAUGGGAUUCUGGACCACGUUGACCAAUGCUGCAUACAGCUAUGCUAACAUAGAAUCCUUUACGUACGCGGCGGCUGAGACGAGGUCCCCACGGCGGAACAUCCCCAUUGCAGCGAAGCGCAUUUUCAUCCGAAUUCUGCUUUUCUAUGUCAUCUCCAUCCUCAUGGUUUCGCUUGUGGUUCCAUCUGAUAGCCCCGAGCUUCUCCAUCAGACCGGCACUGCAUCCCAGUCCCCCUUUGUCAUCGCUGCCAACUCUGCCGGAGUCAAGGUGGUUCCGCACAUCAUCAACGCGAUUGUCAUUACUUCAGCCUGGUCGUCGGCCAACUCCAACAUGCUGUACGGUAGCCGAGCAAUGUAUGGACUCGCUAAGAGAAAGUUGGCUCCCAAGGCCUUUUUGCGUCUUAAUCGCUUUCAAAUUCCCUGGGUCCCCGUGACUCUCCUAGGCACUUUUAUUGCUCUUGGAUACAUGUCUCUCUCAAGUACCUCAUCCACAGUAUUCCAGUGGCUGCAGAGCCUGGUAUCCAUUUCGACUCUGGUCAAUUGGAUUGUGAUCCUGGCGACAUACCUUCGUCUUUACUACGGAUGCAAAGCCCAAAACAUUGAUCGCAAGGAGCUACCCUGGGCAGCGCCGUUCCAGCCUUACUUCACAUGGGUCGUGCUGACCUUUUUCAUCUGCAUCGUGUUGACUAAUGGCUACACGACCUUCCUCCAUGGUCACUGGAGUACGCAGACAUUUGUCUCGUCUUACCUCAAUAUCCCCAUUGUGGUUACUUUGUACUUUGGAUACAAAUGGAUAAAGAAAACGAAAAUACCAGGGUUGGCAGAGAUUCCCAUUCGAGAAUUCAUCGACAACGCCCACGCCAACCCAGAGCCAUUGCGAAUACCGAAGAGGGGUUUACAAAGACUCAAUAUUUUCUGGAGCUAG